GAUUGGGUGCCGCGCGGUCACGUGGGCCGCAGCCUCGCAGCUCCGCUCCAGUCGGUCAGUCAGCCAGCUCACCUCAACAGCGGCUCUAUCUGGAUCCCGCACUAUAGCUACGUUACAGAGCCAAUUUUCUUCCUCUGGAAGACACUUUCUUUUUUCCACCAUGGGCGACAAGAAAAGCCCAACAAGGCCAAAAAGACAAGCCAAAUCUACGGUAGAAGAAGGGUUUUGGGAUUGUAGCGUCUGCACCUACAGGAACAGCGCCGAAGCCUUCAAAUGCAGCAUCUGCGAUGUACGGAAAGGCACAUCGACGAGGAAACCCCGGAUCAACUCUCAGCUUGUGGCCCAGCAGGUGGCCCAACAAUACGCCACCCCGCCCCCUCCGAAGAAGGAGAAGAGGGAGCGAACUGAGCGGCCAGAGAAGGACCGGCAGGAUGCCGAUCGGCCCGAUGGGGUCCACCCGGACGAGGAGGCGCCUGAGCGGGUUCACCCUGACGUGGAGUGGUCUGAUGGUAUCCGUCCCGAGGCCAACCAGGUCCACCCAGACGAGGAGAAGCUGGAGAUGGAGAGGCUCGACAAAGAGAAGCCGGACAGAGAAAAAGACGUCACUCCCACCAAAAAGACCAGUGUCAAAAAGACAAAACCCAAGUCAGACACGCACCAGAGUCCCCCUAGUGAAAAACACAGUGUCCGGUCAGGAAACUCGACGAAGAGCAGCAACUCUCGCAUUUCAAGGCCGAAGCUGAAAAACGUAGACCGGAGCACCGCCCAGCAGCUGGCAGUGACAGUGGGCAACGUGACCGUCAUCAUCACGGACUUUAAGGAGAAGACACGCUCCUCGUCCACGUCUUCAUCCACGGCGGCGUCCAGCACUGGAUCAGAGCAGCAGCAGCACAGCUCGGGGUCUUCCCGGGCCUCUACCCCUAAAGGGCACCUCUCCACGGGGCACGACGAGUCCUUCUGAGACCUGGCGUCCAGCUGGAGGAGUGGGCAAGCUGUGUAAGGAAUGCAAAUGCACUUGGACGUGCAAGCCCCUCCCACCCGCGCCUGUCGCCCGAGGGAGUCCGGACACUAACCCAUUCCGUAAUUUUAACACGUUUUCCCCAAGGAUCCUUUGUAAAUGAAUGUGUUGCUGAAUCAACGUUUCUUAUGGAAGAAAUUUUUGCUCUGCAGUUUCCAUGUACCUUUUAGCCAUUUUAACCUCCCGUAUUUGUUAUUUAUUGCUAGUGGCAAUUGUAUAUUUAGCAACAGUUUUCAUUCUGUCCAGACAUUUUCCUAGUAGCAGUUUUUGGCUUCUACCCCUACUUCGGCCCACUGUCCUACACGCACAUGCACACACAGACACGCACGCACACACACACAAAGCAAUUCCUGCAUCUUGACAUGAUGCCUCAACGGGACCCACUGUGAAGAAUGGGACCAUCCAUCCAUCCAUCCAUCCAUCCAUCAGUCCUCCCUCUGAAACUGCCAGUAGCAUAACGCUGACACCCAGGAGCAAAAAGAAGUCCUUGUCUGCACUUAUUCCCCCCACCAAUUAUCCACAAUACAGACUCAACCUUUCCAAACCAUGGUGGGGGGCUUUCAGAAGCAUCGGUCGGUUUGGCGUUCCAGAAGGCACUGAAAGACGCUUCACACGCGUAGCUUCAACGACGGCAGCGCUGCAGUUACAGACAGGACAGAAGACGUGCUGGAAUCGCGAGGGGGGUGGGGUAUGUAGUUUAAUUACAUACCCGAAUUUCACGCUUCCCAACUGUGACUCUUGGAGUAUCGUGGUGAAUCGACUCAUGCUUGCGUCACAGCCAUCUGGUUCUUUGCCCCAUCCUCUUUUCUUUUGAGAUAGAUCGGCUGUCCCCGGCCGAGUGAUUUAUAGGUGCAAAUAUUUCAUUGUUUUUGCUGGUGCUGAUGGGACAAAUAGCUGGGCAGCUGAAGAGGAGGAGGAGCUGCCGUUCCUUUUAUUGUCAUGGAGAUACAUGUUUUUUUUCAACUCCAUUAUCUGAGUGAAGGCAACUGAGAUUAGUCAGACUGAAUUACAAUGUUUAAUUCACGUAUUUUUUCCUCCCCUCACUACUAUUGUAUGAAAUAAAAUGUUCAUAUCAACAGGUGAUAAAAUAACACAUUACCUUUGAAUUGUAUUAGACUUGUAUAAGUAAUACAAGUGUUGUAAAUGAUAUGUUAAUUUUAUUUAUUGAAGGACCAAAGGAAUUUAAUAUGGUUAAAUGGAGAAAAUUGUUCAAUUGUGUGAUAUAAAUCAAUUUUAAAUAAAGAAUAUACAUUUAAAUGGUAAAA